AUGGGGUGGGCUAAACUCCGGCAGCCAGCCGAAGGUCUGCCAUUUUUCACCCGAGAAUCGAAGCCAACCCGACUUGGAUUAGUGAGAUUAUGGCGUUCAUUUCCUCGUUUGAAAAGAACCGUGAUAGGAAUAGUACUGCUGUCAUUGACAUGCGCCUUCACAUUCAUUAUUGCAUCGCCUUUCAUCCAGAAAACGCGAUGUCCUACUAAUGCACGACAACGAGCUGUCGUGGACGCCUUCAAACAUGCUUGGAAAGGAUAUCGUGAACGCGCUUGGGGAAAAGAUCAACUGAAACCGAUCAGCGGUGGCUAUUCGACUUGGUUCGAUACUGGUUUAACUAUUGUAGACUCACUUGAUACAGCUAUUAUAAUGGGGCUCAAAAAAGAAGUAGCACAGGCGACAGAAUGGAUACGUGAUUCACUUACCUUCGAGAAAGACCGCUAUGUAAAUCUGUUUGAAACGACAAUUCGAACAUUAGGAGGCCUCUUGAGCGCAUAUCACCUCACCGGUGACAGGAUGUUCGUUUCGAAAGCAGAGGAUCUGGCCGGUCGACUGAUGGGUGCAUUUACAAAUUCAAAAUCUGCUAUACCUUUGAGUGAUGUCAACCUAAAGACAAGCAAAGCGAAGUCGCCACCAUGGAGUAGCGAGUCGUCUUUAUCUGAAGUGACUUCUCUACAACUUGAAUUCCGUGAUCUAUCUCGAGUAACAGGAAAAAGGAUCUAUGAGGAAAUCUCUUUCAAAACCUCGAAGCAUAUUCACGAUAUCGGCUGUAGCGAUCAUGGUGGCCUUUGUGAAAUGUUUUUAAACGCAAAUACGGGACAGUUCCGAACCGGGUCAACAAUCACAUUCGGGGCACGAGCUGACAGCUACUAUGAAUAUCUUUUCAAGCAAUGGCUGCAAACUGGCAAGACUAUUGACUGGUUGUUCGAUGACUACAAAACAGCAAUGGAAUCCAUGAAGUCGAAAUUGUAUAGGUACUCGGAGCCAAACCACUUAGGUUUUGUUGGCGAAUUGCUGCAAGGGAACUCUUUUUCUCCAAAAAUGGACCACUUAGUAUGCUUUCUUGCUGGAACACUAGCUUUAGGCAGCCGGAACGGUGCACCUGAAGAACAUAUGAAGUUAGCACAGGCAAUGUACAAAAACCCAACUGGUCUUGGACCGGAAAUUGCUUAUUUCAAUAUGGUGCCCGGUCUCAAAGAAGACCUCAGCAUUAAGCCCCUUGAUGCACACUCGCUGUUGAGGCCUGAGGCGAUUGAAGCUUGGUUCUACCUUUAUAGGUUCACGGGUGAUAAAACUUAUCAGAAUUGGGGAUGGGAAGCUUUUCAAGCGAUCGAGAAGUACGCACGAGUGAAAAAUGGAUACUCAUCGGUGAAGAGCGUCAAAAGGAUACCAGUAACGCACAGUGACCUCAUGGAGUCCUUUUUCCUAGCGGAAACUCUAAAAUAUCUCUACCUCUUAUUUGCUGAUGAUCAGAAAACUUUGUUCCCGCUAGACAAGUGGGUGUUCAACACUGAAGCGCAUCCACUACCGGUCUACUCUAACUGA